CCUCCGCCACUGCCGGAGCCCGCGCGUCCCGGGGGCCCCAACGCGCAGCUCUACCCCAAGUCCGGCGGUCAUCCGGCGGCCGCCCCGUUCACCAAACCAGGCAGGCAAGUCGUGCGCUCCAAAGUGCCGCAGGAGACCCAGAGCGGCGCGGGCUCGAGGCUGCAGGUUCACCAGAAGCAGCAGCUGCAGGGGGUCAAUGUCUGUGGAGGGCAGUGCUGCCAUGGCUGGAGUAAGGCCCCUGGUUCCCAGAGGUGCACCAAACCAAGCUGUGUUCCGCCAUGCCAGAAUGGAGGGAUGUGUCUCCGGCCUCAACUCUGUGUGUGUAAACCGGGGACCAAGGGCAAAGCCUGUGAGACGACAGUUGCCCAGGACACUUCGUCACCAGUCUUUGGAGGGCAGAAUCCUGGGGUUGCCUCCUCUUGGGUUCCUCCUGAGCAAGCAGUAAAGCACACUGCAUCUAAGAAGGCAGACCUUCUACCAAGAGUCAGUCCUGUGGCCCAGAUGACCUUGACCCUCAAGCCAAAGCCUUCAGUAGGAGUCUCCCAGCAGAUUCAUUCUCAAGUGAUGCCCCUUUCCUCACAGAAUGUGAUGAUUCAUCAUGGCCAGUCCCAGGAAUAUGUGCUCAAGCCCAAGUAUUUUCCAGCUCAGAAGAUGAUUUCGGGAGAGCAGUCCACGGAUGCUUCAUUCCCACUAAGAUAUGGGCAGGACCACCUUGCCUCACCUUUUCAGUUGAGUAACCACACUGGCCGCAUCAAGGUGGUCUUUACUCCGAGCAUCUGUAAAGUGACCUGCACCAAGGGCAGCUGUCAGAACAGCUGCGAGAAGGGGAACACCACCACUCUCAUUAGUGAGAAUGGCCAUGCUGCCGACACCCUGACGGCCACGAACUUCCGAGUGGUGAUUUGCCAUCUUCCGUGCAUGAAUGGUGGCCAGUGCAGUUCAAGGGACAAAUGCCAGUGCCCUCCAAAUUUCACAGGAAAGCUUUGUCAGAUCCCGGUCCAUGGUGCCAGUGUGCCGAAACUUUUUCAGCAUUCCCAGCAGCCAGGAAAGGCAUUGGGGACCCAUGUCAUCCAUUCAACGCAUACCUUGCCUCUGACCAUGACUAGCCAGCAAGGAGUCAAAGUGAAAUUUCCUCCCAACAUAGUUAAUAUCCAUGUGAAACAUCCUCCUGAGGCUUCUGUCCAGAUCCAUCAGGUUUCAAGAAUUGAUGGCCCAACAGGCCAGAAGGUAAAAGAAGUUCAGCAAGGCCAAUCCCAAGUCUCUUACCAAGGGCUUCCCGUCCAGAAGACCCAGACUGUGCAUUCCACAUACUCACACCAGCAGGUCAUUCCGCAUGUCUAUCCUGUGGCUGCUAAAACACAGCUUGGCCGAUGCUUCCAGGAAACCAUUGGGUCACAGUGUGGCAAAGCUCUCCCUGGCCUUUCAAAGCAAGAGGACUGCUGUGGAACCGUGGGUACCUCCUGGGGCUUUAACAAAUGCCAGAAAUGUCCCAAGAAGCCAUCCUAUCAUGGAUAUAAUCAAAUGAUGGAAUGCCUACAAGGUUAUAAGCGGGUUAACAACACCUUUUGUCAAGAUAUUAAUGAAUGCCAGCUACAAGGUGUAUGCCCUAAUGGUGAGUGUUUGAAUACCAUGGGCAGCUACCGAUGUACCUGCAAAAUGGGAUAUGGGCCAGACCCUACCUUUUCAAGUUGUGUUCCGGAUCCCCCUGUGAUCUCAGAAGAGAAGGGGCCCUGUUACCGGCUUGUCAGUUCCGGAAGGCAGUGUAUGCACCCUCUGUCUGUUCACCUCACCAAGCAGCUCUGCUGUUGUAGUGUGGGCAAGGCCUGGGGCCCACACUGUGAGAAAUGUCCCCUUCCAGGCACAGCUGCUUUUAAGGAAAUCUGUCCUGGUGGAAUGGGUUAUACGGUUUCUGGCGUUCAUAGACGCAGGCCAAUCCAUCACCAUGUAGGUAAAGGACCUGUAUUUGUCAAGCCAAAGAACACUCAACCUGUUGCUAAAAGUACUCAUCCUCCACCUCUCCCAGCCAAGGAAGAGCCAGUGGAGGCCCUGACCUUCUCCCGGGAACACGGGCCAGGAGUGGCGGAGCCGGAAGUGGCAACUGCACCCCCUGAGAAGGAAAUACCUUCAUUGGAUCAAGAGAAAACCAAACUUGAGCCUGGUCAACCCCAGCUCUCCCCAGGCAUUUCAACUAUUCAUCUGCAUCCACAGUUUCCAGUGGUAAUUGAGAAAACAUCGCCUCCUGUGCCUGUAGAAGUAGCUCCUGAGGCUUCUACAUCAAGUGCGAGCCAAGUGAUUGCACCUACUCAAGUAACAGAAAUUAAUGAAUGUACUGUGAACCCUGAUAUCUGUGGAGCAGGACACUGCAUUAACUUACCGGUGCGGUACACCUGUAUCUGCUAUGAGGGCUACAGGUUCAGUGAGCAGCAGAGGAAGUGUGUUGAUAUUGAUGAAUGUACUCAGGCCCCACACCUCUGCUCCCAAGGACGCUGUGAAAACACCGAGGGAAGUUUCUUGUGUAUUUGCCCGGCAGGAUUUAUGGCCAGUGAGGAGGGUACUAACUGCAUAGACGUGGACGAGUGCCUGAGGCCUGACGUCUGUGGGGAGGGACACUGCAUCAACACCAUGGGGGCCUUCCGGUGUGAAUACUGUGAUAGCGGGUACCGCAUGACCCGGAGAGGCCGUUGCGAGGAUAUUGAUGAGUGCUUGACUCCGAGUACUUGUCCAGAUGAGCAGUGUGUGAAUUCCCCGGGGUCUUACCAGUGUGUCCCCUGCACAGAAGGAUUCAGAGGCUGGAAUGGACAGUGCCUUGAUGUGGACGAGUGUCUGGAGCCAAACGUCUGCACAAAUGGUUCUUGUUCCAACCUCGAGGGCUCCUACAUGUGCUCCUGCCACAAGGGCUACAGCCCCACGCCUGACCACAGACACUGUCAAGAUAUUGAUGAAUGUCAGCAAGGGAAUCUAUGCAUCCAUGGUCAGUGCAAAAACACUGAGGGUUCCUUCCGAUGUACCUGUGGCCAGGGGUACCAGCUGUCGGCUGCUAAAGACCAGUGUGAAGAUAUUGAUGAAUGUCAGCACCGUCACCUUUGUACUCACGGGCAGUGCAGGAACACAGAGGGCUCCUUCCAGUGUGUGUGUGACCAGGGCUACAGAGCAUCUGCACUUGGAGACCACUGUGAAGAUAUUAAUGAGUGUGAACAGCCAGGGCUCUGUGGGCCUCAUGGGGAGUGUCUAAACACAGAUGGUUCCUUCCACUGUGCCUGUGAGCAGGGCUUCUCCAUUUCUGCGGACGGCCGCACAUGUGAAGAUAUUGAUGAAUGUGUAAACAACACUGUUUGUGACAGUCACGGGUUUUGUGACAAUACAGCUGGCUCCUUCCGCUGCCUCUGUUAUCAGGGCUUUCAAGCCCCACAGGAUGGGCAAGGGUGUGUGGAUGUGAACGAGUGUGAACUCCUCAGUGGCGUAUGUGGUGAAGCCUUCUGUGAAAACGUGGAAGGGUCCUUCCUGUGUGUGUGUGCUGACGAGAACCAGGAGUACAGCCCCAUGACUGGGCAGUGCCGCUCCCGGGCCUCCGGAGUUCUUGUGGGAAGAUUAAACUAUCUCCUCUUUGGUAUUUCUCAAUUUUCCCCCAUAGAUGCCGAUGAAUGCCUACUUUUUGGACAGGAGAUCUGUAAAAAUGGUUUCUGUUUGAACACUCAGCCUGGUUAUGAAUGCUACUGUAAGCAAGGGACAUACUAUGAUCCUGUCAAAUUGCAGUGCUUUGAUAUGGAUGAAUGUCAAGAUCCCAACAGUUGUAUUGAUGGCCAGUGUGUUAACACAGAAGGCUCUUAUAACUGCUUUUGUACCCAUCCAAUGGUCCUGGAUGCUUCAGAAAAAAGAUGUAUCCGACCAACGGAAUCAAAUGAACAAAUAGAAGAAACCGAUGUCUACCAAGAUCUGUGCUGGGAACAUCUGAGUGAAGAGUAUGUGUGUAGCCGUCCUCUUGUAGGGAAGCAGACAACAUACACCGAGUGCUGCUGUCUGUAUGGAGAGGCCUGGGGAAUGCAGUGUGCGCUCUGCCCCAUGAAGGAUUCAGAUGACUACGCCCAGCUUUGUAACAUCCCUGUGACGGGUCGCCGGCAGCCGUAUGGACAGGACGCCUUGGUGGACUUCAGUGAACAGUAUGCUCCAGAAGCCGAUCCCUACUUCAUCCAAGACCGUUUUUUAAAUAGCUUCGAGGAGUUACAGGCUGAGGAAUGUGGCAUCCUCAAUGGAUGUGAGAACGGCCGCUGUGUGAGGGUCCAGGAAGGUUACACGUGUGAUUGCUUUGAUGGGUACCACUUGGAUAUGGCCAAGAUGACCUGUGUUGAUGUAAAUGAAUGUGACGAGUUGAACACCAGGAUGUCUCUCUGCAAGAAUGCCAAGUGCAUUAACACAGAAGGUUCCUACAAAUGUUUGUGUCUGCCAGGCUUCGUCCCUUCUGACAAGCCCAACUACUGCACUCCGUUGAAUACAGCCUUGAAUUUAGAAAAAGACAGUGACCUGGAGUAAAAGAGAAUCUACGUAACCUAAGCCCAUAUACUCUGCACUGUGUAAAGGAAAAGGGAGAAAUGUAUUAUACUUGAGAUAUUGCACCUAACCCAGAAUGUUGGAAAUACGGAAACAGCAGAGAGUUGCGCAUCCUCCAAAGACAAUGAGAGGAUUUGGUAUGAGCCUGACUGGUGUUAACAGACCAAAAGGACAUUUCUCUGAAAAACCAGUAUAUAUAGUCUGUUCAUAUGUAAAAUUCAAUGGAAAAGAGGCAGAACAGUGCUGUUAUUUUAAACAGAAGUUUGUAUUAUUAUGUUGUUUAGUUGUUUUUUUUUCUAUUGCUUAAAUUUGGCAUUUAAAUAGUGGUGGAAAUGUUUUAUAUAAUUUUCAUUUUUUGGUUGUGCAGUUCCUUGGCUACUGUUUUUCUUUUUAAAAAAAUCUCAACUGCAAAAGUUUGAUAAAAUAUUGUUAAGCUGUAUUAUAAGUAUUGUGACCCAGGGUUCUGCUAUUCCUGGUCUGGAGCAUUUUUAAAAUUAAAAUUGUCUGUCCUGUGGAGCAGGCAGUGAUCUUGUUUCAAAACUUUUAUACACAUUUGGAGAAAAAAAAAAAAACUUGAUAUUUUCAGUGUGUUGUCUGAUCUUCCUGUCCAUUCUUAGCCAAGCUGCUAGCAGGUUUCAAUUGGAUACAUUGAGAUGGAAGAAUUUAGGAGCUUACAAUAGUAUUGUGAUAUGUAAAGUAAGUCCAGCAAAUUUUCAAAACUUGAUGAUCUCCAAUAUAUUUACCAUUGUAUGUUAAAGCAAAAUAAAUCACCAUUUUUGUAGAAAAAAUUCUACCUGA